ACCUCAUUGAUGAUUCUCUAGAGCAGAACAAGUCCCUCUGUACACAUAACCCACUGAUCAUUCCAUCUGUCACACAAUCAGUAGGAACAAUACCUUCUCAUACCACCAUCAUAUUUUAUACACCAAGACUCAAGCAUCAUACACUCGUAGAGCAUCCAAGAUACUCAAUAAGAGGAAGAAAUAACUAACAUCAAAUCAUGAAUAAGAAACGAAAAUAUUCCAAAAGGUUCUGUUCUAUCACUAGAAAGUUCAUGCUUACUUCACGACUCAUUCUCCUUUAUACGAGCCAAAAUACUUAAAUUCAUAAGAAUUGAACAGGCUUUCAAUCAAUUCUACAAAUUUCCAAGAGGAAAUUAACUCAAUGGAAACCCUUGUCCACAUUCACGUCUUCGUCGUCCAUCUUAGCCUUCAGUCUAAGGCCAAUGGUGAUUGUUCUGGAACAGGGGGGAAAUAUGGACUAGCAAAAUCUAGUUGGAACCAGCGCAAAACCACUGAAAAUAAGGGUUGGCUAGGCACGGUAAGACAUGCAAGCAGGAUUCCACAGAACGUACCUUCUUUAGAAGAGAGCUCAACUCCUGUGGAUGGGAGUUUGCUAUAUCUCCAAUCUGCUUCGCGGCAGUAAAUCUCGUUGCUUGACUCGAACCAGCUAAGAGGAGUCCACGUUAAAGAAGACCAUAACAAACCCACGCUAUAUCCACGCGCAAAGAUGCAUAAAAAUGGAAAAUACCCAAAACCAUGGAAAACCAGAUUCAAUCACCACGAUUCGAACCAAAAAGAGAAAAGCUAAAAUAAAAAACGCACAAAGGAUACUGUCUAAUAGGGUGAGCAACCGAUUGAGCCGGGAAGACUGCUGAGCCAUACCCUAGCGUACACAACUGCCAACUCUACCGCGAACUUAAUCACGCCCAAAUUGGAAAGAACAAGAAGCAUUUAGCAUCCGCAAUUCAGUUGAUACGACCACCUUCAACCCCAGAUACACAUAAGCAAUCGAGACGAUCGAAAGCUGGAGACGACGAGUUCCCGACAAUGGCAAUGGAGAUAUCAGAUAAAACGAUUAACGAGGAUCCGAUGCGGAAAGAAUGUCAAAGUAAAGGAUAAAGUAAAGGCAGCGAGGGGAUUAGGGUUACCGGAACAAGGCGGAGCAGAAAAUGGUGACGGGGAAGGAGAGUAUGCCGACCGAUGGCCUCUUCAGUUUAUUUCAUCUUCUUUGCUUCCGUUCGCUCCUCGCUGACCCCUUUUUUUUAUUAAAAAAAGUUCAAAUCUUUAAAUUAAUUUAUUUUUAUUAAUUAGUUUUUUUUGUAUGAUUAAUUAGUUUUUCUGUGUAGGAAUUAGGAUGGUAUAAGUAAAAAAUUUAUGAAAUUUUUUGAGGGGUACUCUGAUGGAAUAUUGUGAUGGAUCAAUUGUACUAAAUUGUUUUAUUUUGAGUAAAUUGGGCCUAAUUGACCCGUUUGGCAAACAAAUGAAGCAAUCUGGUGCCGGGACAAUUAGCUUUGGCGCGUUAUGGGGUAAUUGUAAUGACAAGGGAGGGGGAUUCAAAGGGCAUUGCUAUUCGUCGCCCUAAAAAUUCUUAUUUGUCGCCCUAAUUAUGUUAAAUUUACUCUAAUACCCUUCACUUAUUUUUUUCUUCUUUUCUUUCAAACACUUAUACCCAAAACAAACCCAUUAACUACCAAAUAACAAAAACACACCAAUAUAAUCAAUUGAUCAAUGAACAAAUCGGGUUUACGGAUAAAUCCAAAAACAAAAUUACUAUCCUAUAUUGAUUACAAUUAGGGUGGUCCAUUUGACCAUUAGCCAUCUAAUGAUUCUGAUCUAAACCGAAUUGUUCUGCAACAAAAUGCAGGGCAAAUUACACACUGCAAAUCAUUAUUAAAUGCAGACUAAUCAAAUACGUGAAAAACAAUCCAUGUCGUCUUCGUCUUCUUCUUCUUAAUUUACUCGUUCAGAUGGCCUUCUUCCCCCUCCGGUCGGGUCGUCUUCUUCUUCUUCCUCCUCGUGAUCAGCCCUCUUCUUCCUUCCUGGUUCUUUCUUCCUUCUUCCUCUUUCUCGAGAGCAACCGCAGCAGGAGCAAUGGGGCGGCGGUACAAGGAGCAGCAGCGACAGGAGAAGAAACCUCCUUUUGAGAGUGUCAGCGGAAUUGAGCUGGUGGACGGCAGUGGCAGCAGCAAUGGAAAGGGUGGGUGACAGAUUUUCCUGCCCAAAUGCAGAGGUGGGGGAUCAGGUUUGGACUGAGAUGAGACCUUAGGGAUUGUUUGCUUAGUGUACGGUUUAGAAAUUAAGGUUAGGGUUAAAAGUGUCAAUUCAAUGUGUUUUAGGGCGAUAAAAUUUAAAUUUUAGGGCGACGAAUAGCAAUUCAGGGAUUCAAAUUGUCCCGUUGUGUGUUUUUUAUUUCCAAAGUUGUCCUUGCCUUUUAACUAUAACCCCAAAUGUGCCCUUGAUUCACUCUUUACCUUUUCAUACUCUCUUUCUUUGCUGUCAUUUUAUCUCUCCAUCCUAUCUUGUUGUUGUCGAAGGAACGAGUAAGCUACUGAAGGUGUUCCCGCAACGAUCUUCUCUUCGUCAAAGAUUGACCCAGGUAUCUUAAUUUUUUUUACCCUUAUUCACUUUGUCCUUGUUAGAAAUCCAAAAAAUCCCUCUCGUAAACCCUAAUAAAGAAAUUGAUGACGAACUUUCUGUUUGUGUACCUGGGUUUAUAAGGGGUAAACCACGAAUCUUUCUGUCAUCUCUCUUUCUUCACAAGUUCCAAAUAAUGAACUAUCUUUUCUUUUUUUCUUACUAAUGCCGACAAAGUCCAACCCUAAUUGGGUUUAUCUAUUGACUCCAACAAAAAAUCAUUGGUUGUCUACCGAUUGGACACUAUUGAGAAUGCUAAGUGUAUCCUUCCAUGCUACUGCUUAGCAUUGCUUUAUAGUUCUUGGUUUGCUUCUAAUGAUUUAUGUUAGUUUAGGUAUCAAACUAGCUGACUUAGUGCAAAAACAUUACUUGAAUCGACGACUUAGUAGGCAACCGGUGGACACCUACCUGCAGAGGCACUAUGAUAGACAAAGUCACCUUAGGAAUGCAACUAGAAUGACUGACAUUGAUAUUUUCGACAAAGUUAGGACGAAUCGUAGCUUAUUCAGAAACUUCUGUGAACUUCUUGUUAGUGAAGGUGGGCUGAAAAGAACUAGGAAUGUAGAUAUAGACGAGAUGGUCUAUAUCUUUCUUCGAACGAUUUCACAGAACGAGAAAAAUAGAACCUUAUGCCUGAAUUUACAUCGUUUGGGAGAGACAAUAUCUCAAACAAUUCACCGCGUAUUGCGGCUGUUAUUAGGCUCAACAACUUACUAAUGAAGAAGUCACUUCCCAUUCCCGACAAUUGGACCAAUAGUAGGUGGAAACAUUUCAAGGUCAGCCCCGUUUAAUGGGGCUGGGUAAGGGAAUUAAUGAGGCGGGGUGACUUAUGAUGAUAGUGAAUUGCAUUACAUCACCUACCUCAAGUAGAGUGUCAUUAAUUAUGUUGUCUUUUUGUGACUUGUUCUUUCUUUACAGUCACAUGUUGAUUGUAAAACAUAUAAAUGAGUCCCAUUCCCACAGUUCUUUGAACUAGGAUCUGUUUUCGGGAAAGGACGUGCUACUGGUGAAGCCGGAUUCUCAGGACAUGAUCCAAACAUAUCAGAGUUGGGAGAUGACGCCUCCGAUGAUGAUGACAGCCCGGCUUACCCUAUCGACCCACUGAACAACUCCACAAUGGAUGAAGCAAUUCUGAAUAUGAUCAAUGAUGGUGUGGAAGCUCGUGUGAACAAGAAGCGACCGACAACUAAUUCAGAACUGGCUCCUUCUUAGAAAAAAGAAGUAGAAGAAGAAGAAGAAAGGGGACACUAAAGAAGGCAUUGGUGAAGUGUGCAUUGAAUUGGGUGGACUUAGGCCCCUCAUUAAAGAGUUUGUGGACACCAUUGCAAGGGCUUUGGGGCAAAGCGAGGACUACAACAUUAUGCGUAAGGAAUUGCUGAAGAACUUGGAAAAAAUGGAAGGACUAACUAGAGCUCAAAUGAUCAUUGUUGUGAGGAAGUUUUCUAACAAUCCAGGUGACGAAGUGCUUCUAUGAGCUGGAGAAGGAAGAGGACAGGCUGACCCUUGUUCUUAAUCUACUCAAGGAUGAAUGAGGGCGUGUUUCCAAUAUGAAUGUAAUUGUAUAGUAAGUCCACUAGGAUGUAAGUUAUUAGGUAGUUGUCAAGUUUGCACAGAGGCCUUUCUUUUUGUCUAUCUGUCAUUGUGAAGUACACUCAAUGACAAUCUUUGCAAAUGUUAUUCUGUUGGUAUAGAUUCCCCUUUCUCUCUAUGUCCCUGAUCUGCAUGCAUCCAUACCUGUUCUUCCGACUGACAUGACUGCCUUUUCCCGCAAGUGACUUAUCCGAUGACUUCCUUUCCUUCGACGCGGAGUGAAGACAAAUAGCUUUUCAACCUAUAUUUUGUGAAGUUAUAUGGUUAGCUUCUUAGGAUCUUGAACUUCAAUGGAGGUAAAUCCAUAAUCAGGCUAUUUUUUUUUUUGUAAAGUUCACAUGAUGUACCAAGCUGAGGAUGAAGCUGUCUCAUGUAAGUACCAUAUAUAAUUGCAAGACAGCUUGUGAGAACUUGAUUGUAAAGUGCACAUUGGGAACCUCUGAUCUAUGAUGAAUGUAAUGUUAUAUUGAAGCUUAUAUUUUUUUCCUCUAGCUACUUAGUUUCUGUCAUAAAUGGUCUUACAUACAUUGUUUCCGCCAUAAAUGGUCAUACAGAUAGGUCUUACAAACAUUGUUUCUGCCAUAAAUGGUCUGCAGUAUAAAAGAACUCUCUGGUCUUCUGAUAAUUGAUUACAACAACUAGAACAUUGUUUCUUCUUACAAUUUUCAUUUGCUUUCCUGGAACAUUGUUCUUAGACAAUACAGGUUUUGCAAGUACAACAUAACUGCUACUAAAACAGUCAAAAUACAAGUUACAGGUUCACCUAUACAAAAACCAGCUUCUCCGACUUAGGUGACCAUAUCAAAGAUCACAAGUUACAGAAUUGUCGCAAACCAAACUACCACAACUACACAAGAUUACCAUAAACAAGUACUGAUUUAGCUAAUCACCAGUCUACUAAGUUGUCUCUCCACUGCACGCAAUCUUUGUUUCACCACUUGAAGCUCCUUUGUGGCGAAAUCAUUACACUACCCACAAGCAAGAGCUAGAGCUGGUGAAGUGACAAUAACCAACUUAGCAAGUUUCUUAUUCUCUUCUUCUAGUUCAUAGACUCUGCUUUGCAAAUUGACAAUAAAUUUCAGGAGCCUUUGUUCCCUGUUUUGCAUAGCUCACAAAUCACAACAGCAAAGAAAUCUAAAUCACACCACACCGAACUAUUGAUUUGAACACCUCUUCUUAUUAUAAUAAUUAUCAAAAGAAGAGGUAGUCUCGGGAGCUCACCCAACAUCGCCGGCCAAACAAAACCCAUGAAGCCGAUCUGGAUGAUUAUUCAUCACAAACAAUCAAACAAAGCAAAAACUGACCGGCCGACCUUCUAAGCUAUAAUCCUGCAAGGGUGGUUGCUGGGGUUUGCUGGUGGUGGAAGGAGGGUUCUGGUUCUCGUUCUGGUUCUGGGUAAUAGUUGCAGCAGUAGUAUUCACCAACUCCGGCGACGAAAAUGCCCGCAACCAACUCUCUAUUGAAAUUGUGGAAGAGCAAUGAGAAAAUUCGAAUUAAGGGUGGAUUAAUGUUAACAUUGCUCGUCCUAGAAAGAAGAGAGACUACAUCAUCGGCACUCUCUCUAAUUCGUUCCUUAGGUCUCUGGUUUGUUGUUUUCUGUCUCCCCCCUAAUUUCCUGUGUUGUAGCUGUAGCCUGUAGGCUUGUUUUGCGGUUUUCUUUAAUUAUAUAUAUGUGUGUUUUCCAUUGUUUUAUAUUUAGGUGUCUUAGAAGAGCACUUCUAAUAUUGGUGCUUUAAUGUACAACUUAAAGUUGUACCAUAACAUUAAAUGUAUAAGUUUAGGUUGUACCAUAAAGCAAUUUGUACCAUUAUGUUAUGGUACAACUUUACAACUUAAAGUUGUACCAUCACAUAAAAGUACAAGUUCAAGUUGUACCAUAAAAGAAUUUGUACAAAAAGUAUAGGUACAAUCUGAAGUUGUACCAUAACGUAAAUGUACAAUUUUAAGUUGUACCAUAAAGGCAAAAUCCUAUAGCACCAAUACUAUAUAGCAUUGUAAAAUUUCUCGUCUUAGAAACAGUUGGUUGUCUUAGAAGAUUUGCUGCGGAGGUUACGAGCACGGCGGCGGGGCCAGCGGCGGGGCCAGCGGCUGCACUUCUUCUUUUGAUAAUUAUAAUAAUUUUUUUCGUUUUUUUAAUGGUAAAAAUGAGUUUGACAUUAAAAUAGAUUAUAUUUUAUUUAUUAUUUCUUAAUUGCCACGUCACUAAGUUAACGGUCAACUUUGAGAGUUGACUGCCACAUCAGCCAAACUUAAUGGAGUUUGACGGAGAGUGACCAAACGCGAACGGUUUCAGUAAACUAAAGUACCACCAAUGUAUUUAAAUUUUUUUUUCCGGUGAUUAAUGGAUUUAAAUAUUUCGAGUGACCAGACUUGAACGUUUUUUGUAAUCUCAGUGACCAACUAUGUAAUUAACCCAAUGUUUAUAUUAGGUAUAUAUUUGUAGGGACUAGGGACUAAAUUGCAAGUUUGGUCACUCAAUUUAUGUUUGUUUCGUGUUUGUCGUUUAGUUUUUUUUUUUGUGUGGCUUAGUGUUCAUUUAAUUUAAAUUCUCAUAUCGUGAUGGUCACCUACCGUUUAAUUCCAUUAAAUUUAUCCUAAGCAAUAGUCAACCAUAAAUUUUGAUAGGUAAAUAGAUGAUGUGACAAUAAAAAAUAAAAAAAAACUCAUUUUCAGUUUUUCAGUUUCAACCCUCAUCGAACUAAUUUUCAAUAUAGCUUAAUGAGCUAUCAUCUGAACAAUAACCGAAAUAUAUCAUAUGUUCUAGUAUACGUAUAACAUACAUCACACCUUCGAACUUGAGUGGCCGGAACAAUGGUAACUCAUUAUCGAGUGAACCCACUACAAAAUAAUUGUGGAUUGAAUUG